UACAUUUAUUACACUGUUCUCUUAUAUACAAAAAAUAACUUACCAGAAUACCAGCUUAGACAGGAUCUACACUCCCACUGCACUAGAAAUAAUAGGCAUAGUGACAGACCAUACUGUAGAUUAUCGAAAGCAUUGAAGAGCUAUGAAGUUAUUGCUAUGAAAAUGUUCUACAAACUGCCUGUAGAAUGGGUAGAAGCUACACUCCACUUAUUUAAGCACAGAUUGUACAGUUGGUUAUUGAUUAAUCCUUUUUACUCCAUGAAUUUGAAAAUUUGAUAUCAUAGAAGUAACUGUUGGAGAGUGUACCACAAUUCCUCUAAUGCUGUUAAUGUAAGAUGCUUUAUUCAUUUUUUUAUUAUCCUGGCGUUGUCUAUAGCUGUAAUCAGUUGAAUGACAAUAAAAGUUUAUUUAUUUAUGAAUUUUACAGUUUAAAUGUUAUGGCCUGUAGUCUACUUGAGCAAUAGGAUAGUAUACUGUCUGCAGAACUCAAAUAUUCCUUAGUUAUAAACGUCUUUAAAUAUCUGGUAGUUUUGUAUUUACUUACACUGAAGCCCUUUAUUUGAAGCAAUGCACUUUUUAAAUGUAAUCAUCACAGCAUUUAUCAUCUAACAUCAUAUAGCCUAACCUACUCUCACUUGUCCCACAUCAUGAUGUAGCUUUCUGCACAAUGUAUGGUUUGAAAGACGAAUAAAAUAUAAUCAGCUUCACAAUAUAAUCUUGUUAAUGAAGUAAAGUACAUUUUCCUUGCAAGACAAACUUACUGGCGAUCCUUAACGGUUUACAAUGAGUGGUCAAUCUACUAUAUUCACUGGAAGCAGACUUUAACAAGGUUAACCCAUGAAGGUGAUAUCUGCUACACUAGUUCACAAUAAGUUAUUUGAAAGAAAGUAAUCUCUCAUUAUAUGCAAUACUAUCAAUUCUUCAAAAUCAAAUGUCCAUCAUCAUAGACAUUCUGGCUAUUUCAACAGUUUGGACAAAAAUCACAAUCUGCAAAGUCUCUGUUUUAUUAAGGUCUUACAUAUCCAAUCAUACAGAAAAAGCUUGUACUGAGAAGUGUUCACUAUUUUAUUAGAAAGCUGCAGUGUGACUCAGUGGCAUAUGAUACAAGUAAUCAUCCCUGUUUCAAGUAAAUAAAACCUCCAGUGUCAAUAACAGCAAAUAUAUAGACUCUGAUGAAAAGGUAUCUUGAUCCUAUACCCGCUAGUGCUUCCCUUCCUCAUUUCCCGUGUAUUUUUUGAAUUGCCAUCUUCUUGGUUCUACAUGGUAUUGAAACGGAAAAGCAGGCGUUAUGUUAACUGAGCAGGUAACUAACAAUUCACAUUUCUCAUGUAAAACACUGAUUUGAAAUAGCUACGUUUCAUAGCAGAGUGUACAUGCUGUUGUCCUCUGAAAUUUGCUAUACCAGAUAAAGCACUAAGUAAAUAGUAUUGUUCUGUGUGAAUUAGACAAUAAUGCAGUUUCUACAAUAAACGGUCAAAUGAAUAAAAUUAAACAUCUGAUACAGAACUUUGGCACCUUUCUCUCAGUUUUUCUAAUUGCAAUUCCUUAAAGUACAAGUGCGUGACUCGGUUAUGAAACUUCUUGACAAUACUGGGGAGUCUGGAACUGCAAAUUAACUCACCUUUUUCACUUUACAAGCUUCACGAAUUUAGAAACCGUCAUUAAAUAUUAUAAAACUUUGCGAACAUGUCUGCCUCCGGUGACAAUAUUCAUUUUUGACGUGCAAAUUACACUCCUCUGCAGAAGUUGCACACUUACGAAUUCCGUGUAUGAAGAAUGAAUGACACUCAUCAAAAUAUCCAACUGGUUGAUGCACGUAACUAAACUGAACUGCUUGAGAAGUGAUAUAUUCCAUCAGUUAUCAACGGUUGUUACGACUAUCCACAAUGCACAGAACCGUACUACAUUACAGGCAGAUCAUGUCUACAAGUACGUCGUAAUGGUUUAAUGUUAUUGUUAUUCGAUCAAUUACAUAGUGCACUUUCAAUUACCUGACACAUAUGUGUAAUAUUCGAUAUGUCACUUCCUAACAACUUAACAACAGUGAUUUGCGGUGGUAUAACAACAGGCUAAAGACUAGUAUGAAGACUAUAUAAUACGUCUUCAUUUCUAAUAGCUGCAAAUUUUCUGAUUUCCACCAAUUAAAUUCACAGCUAUUUUAACUUUCAUAAAACCGUUUAAUAAGAUCUUCGAGACUAAUGAAUGCCUUAAAGGCAGUACAGCAAAUUUCUGCUUUAAAUACCUGCAGAUGCAAGUCAUGUACAUAAUGAUUCACGUAAACCAUUAUCACUCAGUAUCAAAAGAUUCGGAAAACCAAUAACUAAACGCUGCUUUAUAACCUCAGCACAUCCUAAACUUGGUUUGUCUGCGUAGAAGCGGCCAUGCUUCGGAUUCUCUGCAGCAAAAAUAAUGCACGUUUGGAAUAGGAUGCAAGUAAUUCUAACACACUUAAUAACGAACAGUCAGCACUGUUGUCUCACACAACUUGUCAAAAACAUCUGCUCACGAACUUCCAUUUAUCGUUUGUAAUUCGACCAAUGAAAUGUUUGCGUACGUCGGAAAUGUGAUUCACAUCAUGGCCGAUAGGCAGCACUAAAAUCGCACGACUGCAGCUGGUUUGAACCCGGCACACCAGUUUUGAACUUGGGAGAGUGAGGUCGGUUGACGUUGCUGUGCUACAGGUUGAUUGAUGCUGGGAGGCAGUGUGCAAGACGACCGCUGAGUAGCCAGACGUACCCGCGCUUGUAGCUCUUUCUGAUAAUGAGGCCUCAGCAAUCACUACGUCUUCACUGUCUCCACACGUCACAUUAGGACUGGCCGGCUCGACAGUUGAAGAUGCGUCUUUAAAUGCACCAGAUUAGACCAUGCGACCUAGCGAGUGUCCUGUAGUGGAGCGACGUGUCGACAUCCCCAUCAAGUGCAAGGAGCUGGAGCUGGAACUGCUCAAGAGCUGCGUGGAGCACACGGCCGUCGUGGUCAUCAACAGGCUCCACCAGGACCCAAAUGAUGGACCACAUUUGGAGCAGCAAGAAACGUGGCUGGAGGCACUGCCUGCGUCACCACACGCGACACCAUCCAAAUCUCAACCCCCGAACAAGGAAGUGCAGCUGUAUUCGCCAAAGCAGUUACGACCGCAUUCACCGAAACCGUCGGAAUCACACUUACCAAACCAUUCACACGCGCAGUCGGCGAGGCAUCCGUACGUGCAGACUCCGAGGCAGUCGUUCCCACUGUCUCCGAGACUGGCACACCCGCAGUCUCCGAGAGAAAUGCAUCCGCCGUCUCCGAGGCAGGUGCAACCGCAAACUCCGAGGCAGUCGUGCACACAGUCUCUGAGGCAGCCUCCGGAGGAGUCGCACCCGCAGUGUCUGAGCCAGUCGUACCCGGCGUCUCCGAGCCAGUCACACCCCCAGUCUCCGAGCCAGUCACACCCCCAGUCUCCGAGCCAGUCACACCCCCAGUCUCCGAAGCAGGCACUGCCGCAACCUCUGAGCCACUCGCAGCCGCAGUCUCCGAGGCACACACACGCGGAAUCUCCGAACCAGUCGCACGUGCAGUCUCCGAGGCAGUCGUACGCGCAGUUUCCGAACCAUUCGCUCCCACACUCACCGAGCCAGUCGCACCCGGCGUCUCCCAGACACUCGCAAGCGCAGACUCUGAGCCAGCCACACAGGCAGUCGCACCACACAUCUCCGAGCCAGUCGCAGUCACAGUCUCCGAGGCAGUCACACCCGCGGACGCUGUGGUACUCGCAGUCACAGAGGGCAGCGCACCAGCAUUCGCCGAAGGAACCGCACCGACCGCUGCUGAGGCAGCCCCAGUUCACGCCCCAGAAGCAGUCUCAGGAGUCUCCUAAGGAGCUGUGGCCAGACCGGCCGAAGCAGCCGCAGUUCCAGUUGCAAAAGCAGCUAGUAGUGCACGUGGAAAAACUACCGGGGGAGUCGCCGAAAUGCGAGCUGCAAGAGCGGCAGCAUUCACCGUCACCGAAGCAGCAACAGAAUUCUUUGCAAAAGGAACUGUGUGUCCAGCUAGAGAAGCUGGCGGGUGAGGCGCAGGAGGAGGUCAAAAGUCAGACGUCGCCGUCCCCGAAGCGAGCACAGUUUCCACUGCAUAAGCAGCUGCACGUCCAGCUCGAGAAGCUCACCGAAGAUGCUCAUCAGCAGGAGCCAGUGCAGCUUCAGUCGUCACCUGCGAAGCAACAGGACGGUCUUGUGCUUAACCAGCUGCACAUAAAGCUCGAAAAGCUGCCCGAGGAUUCUUGGAAACUGGAACAGGAGCACCAGCAGCAGCAACAGUCGUCGUCACCGAACCAUCAGGAGAUUCUGAAACCGAAGGAGCUCCACAUACAACUGGAAAAGCUGCCACUGGGCACAGAGAAUUGCGAGGUAAAGCAACAGGAACCGUCGUUCUCGAACCGGCUCCCGUCUCUGUCACACUGUCGACUGCAAGAUCAGCUCGCAACGCAGGUGGAAGAGAAGCAGCUGCAACUGCUUGCACCCGGUUCUCGCUAUACCAUCCCAUCUCCCGAACCGGUGGCGACGCGACAGCGAGUGUACCUACAGCAGCUCGUGGAUACACAGCAGAAGUGGGGCUCUCCUGUCUUCCAGCCACGCGUGGUGCUGGAGAGACUGAGUCCGAAGCGGCUGGCCAGCACACUCCAAGUCCGCGUCGUGCUUCGCCCCCUCAGCACCGAGGUCCUCAAGAAGUACGGCAUCCAGCAGACACUUCAUCGGAAACUAGAGCAAAAGCCGGCCAUCGACAUCGACGACGAGGACUGGUUCGACCUGGAGCGACAGGAGUGGACGCUGUGCAGUAUCCUGCAGGCGCGCGAAAAAUCGGUGUUGGCCAUUUGGAGGGCGGUGAACAUGCCCAGGAAGCCCAGAAAGAAGCACGUGGGCGUCAACGGAUUCGUCAGGAAACCCGCCCGAAUCAAUAAAAUCACUUUCAUGUCAAAACUGGGACUGAAGAGGCGUCAUCUAUAAAUUCUCUACUUGCGGAUGAAUUUGAAGAAGAAUGAGGACAAGAGGAGCAACAGUGCUGGCUGCUAUAGUGUUCCAAAAACACCAAACCCUGACCGAAGAACACAUGCGUGAUGUGCUUCAUUCAAACUGUAUAGUGGAACUAAAAUAAAAACACUGUGCUGUUGCGUCUUGAAUUGCCAGAGCGAUAGAUGGGCACGUGCCAUAAUAUAGGCAGUGGCUGAAUGUGUUCGUGGAAAGUAGUGUUUUUAGUUUCAUUAUUACACAUUCCACGCCACAUGUUUCUAACCAGAGUGCUAUAGUGAUUGGUUCUCCAGUGUUGACUGAAAGGUUUUGUCGUUCCUUACACGGACACACACACACACACACACACACACACACACACACACACACAC